AUGUCUCGUCGACGUGCUGGCUAUGAGUAUAGGCGGGUACCACAGGAGGAGGCCACUUCGCGGGAUACCGUUGAUGGAUUCACGGCAGAACAAUUCCGCAAGCCACCGCAGAAAAUACCCUGGAAAGCCAUCAUUUUCUCCACAUUCCUCUGCAUCAUUGGAGCGGUUUCGCUUGUGUUUGGUAUCCUCAUUGCCAUUGGGCAAAUACACGAAAAAUACCUCGAUAGGCAGCUGCCGCUCUUCAUUCUCGGAUCAAUAAUGUUUAUACCCGGAUGCUACCACGUGGUUGUCGCCUACAGAGCAUUCAUGAAACAUCCCGGCUACUCAUUUGAGGACAUACCCGAAUUUAAUUGA